AUGCCCCAGGACGAUAACGAGGGCACGCGAGAGCGAGAUGAACGCAUAGAACGUCUCUGGAGCUCGCUGGAUACGCGUGGAGAAGGGCAGGUUGAUUUCAAGGGGUUCAAAAAGGGGCUGAAGAAGAUCGAUCACCCUCUAAAAAAUGCCGACGACCUGCUAUAUGACAUUCUCAAAGCAAUAGACACAAGCCAGGAUGGCCGAAUCCAGUAUUCCGAAUUCUACUCCUUCGUUAAACAGGCCGAAAAUCAGCUAUGGCGGCUCUUCCAAGCUAUCGACCACGAUAAAAACGGCCAUCUCGACAAGCAGGAACUGAAAGAUGCGUUCGUCAAUGCUGGCUUGACCGUACCGAGCUCCAAACUAGAUCAGUUCUUUGCCGAUGUAGACACAAACAGAGACGGGGUCAUCAGCUUCGACGAGUGGAGACUCUGCAAGGAUCAGGUAGUUAUAGCUCCUCAACCCCCCAGUUUUCCUUCCAUCCAUUCCACCGCGAGUUCAGCCUCCAUCACACCAAUCCUCUCCAAGACAUAUUCCCUCCACCUUCACCACAACUCCCGCCUGAUCCAGCCCAACACCCACACACACACACACACCGAGAUCUUUUGUUUUGCGCCUCCUUAUAACGACCACCAUAAAAUAGAUCAGGGAUUAGAAGUGGAACUAGAGUUCAUCACCGUCCCUUCUCUCGUCAGAUUAUGGCUGUCGUACCGCUACCUAGAAGAAGUAUUGACCGAAACCACCCCCCAUGUAGGCUACUUCCUUGCCGGCGGGAUGGCCGGCGUUGUCUCCCGAACCGCUACCGCGCCUUUUGAUCGGUUGAAGGUCUACCUCAUCGCUCAAACAAGUACGAACAGCGCGAAGAGUGCAGCCAUCAACGCAGUCAAGGCCGGUGCGCCGGUUAAGGCCGUGGGGUGGUUGUCUUGGCCUAUCGUCGAGGCCACAAAGGAGCUAUGGCGUGCUGGAGGCAUCAGGAGUCUUUUUGCCGGAAAUGGUCUGAAUGUCGUCAAGGUCAUGCCCGAGUCAGCUAUCAAGUUUGGUGCAUACGAAGUGAGCUUUUCUGCACCACCUCCUGCAUGCUUGCAUGCACAACUUAGCUGA